GACCACCCGCUUUACAACGAUUCGGCGCCUCGAGAGAAGAAAAGGCGUCGGCGCUUUAAAAUUCAGCAGCUUCACAAAAAUAAUAUCGACGCCAGUCGCGCCUUUAUCUCCGCAACUAAAAAGUUAAAUUUGAAAAGACGCACUCGAAGAUAUUAAGCUUGAAAUUGCACUGCCCUUGAAAUCGUUUUACGAGCUUAAUACGUUCCUGAUCGCGCGGCUUCGAAUUGAAAUGAAAUGCCGACGCGCGCGCUCGUUUCGCCCAGUCACCCGUACGCGCCUCCGUGCGUGCAUGUUCAGUGUGAAGUUAGGUUGGCUCUCGCGGCGCGAAAUUCUCGGGCGAUCGCUGCGGGACGGACGGCACAGCGAGGGGUCCAACACCGGAGGGUACGCAGUUACUUCUCGAGACGAGCAAGCCGCGCGAGGAAGAGAAUCGACGCAGCGAUAUCGGAGCGAGUGGUGUCUCGCCCUAACCUCCGAAUCCUCCGAUGCCGACGGACCCGCGCGAGUCUCGCGAGUAACGAUUGUGUGCUUAGCAUACGGUGACCAUGGCAUUCGCGUUGAGAGGGGUCAGCGGUGUAUUUCUGCGCUGGAGCAGCGGCCCCCGGGCCUCCACCAGAGUGUCACGGGUGUGCGUCGCUAAUUUCUCUACCAAGGCAAAUAUCCCAGUAGCGGAGCAAGUGGCGGAGAAGCCGAAAACACCGGUGGGAAACGGUAAAGUGUUCAAAAGCGUGGAGGAAGCUGUGUCCGAUGUACACAGCGGGGCUAAGCUGCUGGUCGGUGGAUUCGGUCUCUGCGGCAUCCCAGAGAACUUGAUAGCAGCCGUGCUGAAAAGGGGCUCUAAGGAUUUAACGGUAGUCUCGAACAAUGCCGGGGUGGAGGACUUCGGGCUGGGUAUAUUGCUGAAGGAGCACAGGAUCAAAAGGAUGAUCGCGUCGUACGUGGGCGAGAACCCUGAAUUCGAGAGGCAGUAUCUCAACGGCCAGUUGGAGGUGGAGCUGACGCCGCAGGGUACCUUGGCGGAACGUGUCAGAGCGGGUGGCGCCGGCAUCCCGGCCUUCUACACCCCCACGGCCUUCGGCACCAUCGUACAGGAGGGCAACGUCAUCGUCAAGUACGACAAGAACGGCGACGCCGAGAUAUCGGGCGAGCCGCGGAGCGUGAACCAGUUCGAUGGGCGAAACUACGUGCUGGAGACCGCCAUCACUGGCGACUUCGCGCUGGUGAAGGCGUGGAAGGCCGACACCGCCGGCAAUCUGGUCUUCCGUAAGUCGGCGAGGAACUUCAACCCCGUCAUGUGCAAGGCGGCCGCAGUCGCGAUCGUCGAGGUGGAGGAGAUCGUGCAACUUGGCCAAUUGGAUCCCGAUCAGAUUCAUUUGCCUGGCGUUUUCGUGGACAGGAUUGUGAAGGGGCCGUCUUACGAGAAACGGAUUGAGAAACGCUCUACGAAACAAACCAUGAAGCCUAAGAAAGUGACACCGGCUAGCAAAUCGAGGGAUAUGAUUAUCAGGCGCGCUGCUCUCGAAUUCAAGGAUGGAAUGUACGCAAACCUGGGGAUCGGCAUACCCAUGCUUGCCAGCAACUACAUCCCGAAGGGUGUGAAAGUGACGUUGCAAUCAGAGAACGGUAUUCUCGGGCUGGGCCCUGUUCCGGACGAAAGUGACGUCGACGCGGAUCUUAUCAAUGCUGGAAAGGAAACUGUGACGAUUUUGCCCGGCGCUGCUUUCUUUAGCAGCGACGAGAGUUUCGGCAUGAUUAGAGGAGGCCACAUUGAUCUGACUAUUCUUGGAGGCAUGCAAGUGUCGGAGAACGGGGAUUUGGCUAACUGGAUGAUACCGGGCACAAUGGUAAAAGGCAUGGGUGGUGCUAUGGAUCUCGUUUCCGCGGCGAGUACAAAGGUGGUGAUAACUAUGGAACAUACAGCCAGAGACGGAAGUCCGAAAAUUUUGAAGAACUGCACACUGCCCGUCACAGGUCAACAGUGUGUAGAUUUAAUUAUCACAGAUCUCGGGGUAUUUGAAGUGGUGAAAGGAGAAGGAUUAAAGCUCAUUGAGAUCGCACAUAAUGUUGACAUUAGCGCCGUCGUCAGUGCGACGGGCUGUGAAUUCAGUGUUGCCGACGAUCUUAAGGAGAUGGGCCAAGUUACAGAUGAGGACUUAUGAAUUGUAAUAUAUCUCGCAGGUUAUAAAUGUGAUAUGUGAUAUGAUCAUUCAAUGAUGGUUGCCUGAAAGUAAUUUUUUAAUAUAUUUCACAAGUUAUAAGUGUGCAAUUUAAAAAAUAAAUAGAACUGUUGUAUAGUUACGUUUCGGUUGACACGCCUGUUUUCUAUAAAUAUACCUGUAUAUUUUUAAUGUAAUAUAACGUUUAAGUUAUCCAGUAAAGUACGGUUAAUGCGUGAUUAACUAUUUGUCAUAUUAAAUGCAUUAUAUUGUACACAAUAGUUAACUCGUUUUUAAAAUGUACAUAUAUUUUGACUUGUAAACUAUCAAAAUGAUUUAUGAUGUGUCACGCAAGCAAGCAAAAUCACGUUAUAUGUAUAAAAUGAUUUUAUAACAUAUUCUAUAAAAUAAAAAGUUUUAAUAUU